GAUUUCAUCGUUAAAAGUUAACGACGAAACAAUAUUCCGUCGUUAAUCGUUAACGACGAACCGAUAAUUCCAUCGUUAAUGCUUAACGACGAAACCGUAAUUCGUCGUUAAUAAACAUUAUUUAUUAACGAUGAACAUCAUCGUUAAAGCCAAUAACGACGAAACCUUUUACAACGAACAUCAUGCCCGUCGUUAAAGGUUUUAACAACGAAAAUUGAAGCUUUUAACGACGAAAUUGUUCGUCGUUAAAUGUCCUUUUUCUAGUAGUGAAAUUUAGGGUAACAAGAGUAAGUUGUAAAAAGCAUGGAAUGAGAGUGUUAUUGCCAAAAUGAGUAUUUUCGUCUCCUUAGACUGAUCUAGCUAAGCCAUUUUAUAGGCUUUACAUAAUGAAAUGUAACGUAUGGACAAUAAAUGUACAUAAUUGGAUAUUAAGUAGAUAAUUAAGGCUGCUGGUGAAGGAAAUAAUGCCCUUGGUCCAAGUAUGCAUUCAAUGUUAAGUCUAAUAAAUGCGGUUCAGUAUUAAUUAACAAGUUAAUAAUUCAGUGAGAUCAAGUGAGCUGAAUGCCUAGCUAGAGGCCGCUUCAGUUCAAGUGGAAUUAAUGAUAUUAAUCCACAGCUUACUCUUGACUGAACCCGUAGGGUCACACAAAUAGUAUGUAAACGGAUCAAGUAUUUAAUGGCAUUAAAUACUCCAUCUAUGGAUAUUCGGAAUCGACGGAUCUUGGUUUCAGUGGGAGCUGAGAUCGUCACAAGCAAGUGAAUACUCCGGAAACGAUGAUAUUGCCGGAAACGGAAAUAUGGAUCGUAUCGGAAAUAUAAAUAUUAUCCAAGUCGUAGAUGUUGCCGGAAACGGAAACAUGGUACGUAUCGGAAAAUAUUAUCGGAAAUGGAAAUAUUGCCGGAAUCGGAAAUAUUGCCGGAAACGGAAAUAUUGUCAGAAUCGGAAAUAUUAUCGGAAUCGGAAAAUAAUUCCGGAAACGGAAAUAAUAAAUAUUUGUUCGAAACGGAAAUUAAUUCCGGAAUCGGAAAUAUUAAAUAUUGUUCGUAUCGGAAAUGAAUUCCGGAACCGGGAAUUUAAUCGGAAGCGUAUCGUACGAAUUAGCAUCGGACGAGUCCUGCCGGACGAAGGCCCAGCACGAAGCCAGGCCAUCGCCCAGCAAGCAAGACGCGCGCCAACGCCCAGCCCAAGGCAGCGCCAGGCCCACCGUAAGGCAGGCCCAGCGCGCCAAGGCGUGGCUGCGUAGCGUGGGCUGCGUAGCGUGGGCCAAGCGCACGCACGCGUGGGCGCCCUCGUGGCUCCGUGCGUGUGUGUGUUUGUGUCCAUGCACAAUUCCUAAAUCUAUUAGGAUUUGGUGUAUGAUUAAAUUCCUAUUCCUAAAAGGAUUAUUUAAUUAAUUAGAGUCCUUAUAGGAUUCUAAGUUUAAUUAAAUCGUAUCCUACUAGGAUUCCAAUUCCCUUUCCAAACCUCUAUAAAUAAGGGUCUAGGGUCAUAAUUUAUGUACAUGGGAUUGAAGUAUUCUAAGGGUAAGUUUUGAAAGAAAAUAAGCCAAACACUUGCAAACACUUAACAGAAUUUCCUAGUAACCUUAAGGGCGAUUCUAGUUGGUCUAACUUGAGGCGGAUCCGGACGUACUGUGGACUAUCUACGGAGGGACGACAUUUGGAGUCCUAAAGGCUUGUUCUUGUUCGGUUCGGGCGCAGCUAGGGAGGGCACGCUACAAAGUGUAUGCUCCUAAAUUAUGCUAAAUGAUUAUGUGUAAAUAAUAUGUUUCCUGGCUUUAUGGUGUUUCCGCAUGAUUUAUGUUUUGUCAUAUGAAUCAUAAUCUAACAGCUGGGAACGGCUCGUAACCGUUGCCCCUACCCUAGCCUUUGAGAGCAAGAUGGAAGGUCGCUCUGUCACGCCUCGCUGGCAGCCACGUGUGCUCCACCUGGCACAUCUGACAAUGUCAUCAAGAGGGUAUUUUCCCCCCUAACAAGCAUACCCUUCAUAUGUGGUAAAUAACAAUGGUGCAACUAGGCACAAUAUAGCCUUGUCCUCCUCCUCGAUUUUCAUAUCCAAACUCGCCAAUUAGGUGAUCAAGCCAUUAAACUUAUUUAGAUGAUCUUGUAGUGUGAUGUGUUCCUCCAUCUCGAGUGAAUAAAGGUCCUUUUCAAGAACAACAUGUUGGCCAAUGACUUAGAUGCGUACAUCUUAAUCAAUUUAUCCCACAACUCUUUUGGAUUAUUAUCCUUUAAGACGUUGUACUUGAUCUCCGGUGCAAGAGUCAAUCUAUUCGUACUAGUAGCCCGUAGUUGCAUAUCCUCCCACUUGUCCUUGUCCACCAAAUCAAGCUUCUUAUCUUCCAAAGUCUUGUGAAGACCUUGAUGUAUAAGAAUAUCCUUAAUUGUACUUUGCCUUAAUGAGAAAUUCGUCUUCCCAAUAAAAAGUUCUACCUUGUACUUGUUCCCAAAAUCAUCCAUGGCUAAACACAGCUCUUGAUACCAAUUUGUUAUAACCAAACGCGUGCCACAAACUAUUGGGAACAAACCCUGCAAAUACAAUAUAGAACAAAUAGCAAAAACAAUAAUAAAAGAGACAAGUAUUUGUGAGGAAAUUUAGAUUUCCUCCCCUCAAAUAUUAUCGUAUUAUGAAGUUCCUGCAAAAUAAAACAAUAACCCCUCAAUUGAUGAUUCCUCUCACCAAUUUUUCCCUCUUAUUUUCUAGCUAGGCCUAAAUCCUCUUUUGUAGGCUAAAACCCUCGUCUACUAUAAUUAUACUUGCUCCCCAAGUCUAAAUAAUUGUAGAGAUUGUUACAUACCAAAAUACUAUUAGUUUCCUAAUUACAAUUCUACGUAAACAAGGAAACAACAUAUAAACCAAACAAGACUUAUAUUUGACUCCAAAUCUGUUUCGUAUUCUUGUCGACUUAACUAAGUUGUGUUUAAUUCCUAACAGUUAUUUCGUAAGUAGCAUGUGAUAUCUGAUAACAUAAGAGAUCCACCUCUCCGACCCUUAGCUCGUCAAUUGUUUUUUGAUAAUUUGUGGGAGAAGCUUGGUUAAAAUACUACGAGCGAUUUCCGUCAAUAAUGCACAAAGAUAAGUUAAUUCCCAAAAUACGUUACUUUUUUUGUUAAUUCCCACCAUACCGUCCACGUCAGCAUAGUGAACCGGUCUUUUUUUUUUUUAAAAUAAGCAGCGCAAAACCGCCAUCUGAGAUAGCGGUUCAUGGGGGUUAACCGCUAUCUGAGAUAGCGGUUCCUGUUUAAUGAACCGCCAUCUCAGAUAGCGGUUCCUGUUUAAUGAACCGCCAUCUCAGAUAGCGGUUUACCACUUAUCACUUACCUCCAGGAAGCAAAUUCAAAAAAUCAAAAGCACAAAAAAAACCCCGCUUUGUUCUGCGUCUCUCUCUCUGUCUCCAUCGUCCUGCGGUUAACCCGCCGUCGUCCCUGUUUCUCUCUCCACCGGCCGGCUCGCCGUUAGCCGACCUCAUUCCUCGCCCUACCUCCGGCCGUCGCGUCGAGCCUCCUCACCCACAACGGAUUCUCGAGUCUCUUUCUCACCCUUCUCCAUCGUUCCUCCGUUUCGAAAUUGUUCCUCAGCCCUUGCCGGCUGUCGGACCUCUUCCUCACCACCACCAGCCGUCGAGCCUCCUCAUCAGCCACCAAAGCCGUCGAGCUUCUUUCUCACCCACCACCGGUCGUCGGUGGUUCGAAAUCAGGUCUCAUGGAGCCGACGAUCCAUCCCGGCCCACGUGAUACUUCGGUUUUGACGUUGCAGGCGGAGCAUAGGAGUGAGGAUGUUUGGGGAGGGGGUAUGGACAGGCUUUUGACGUGUCGGGAGCACGUGCUUGGUUUAGGAGAGUGGGUGAUACAUGAUCGAGUCUUGGAGUUUGUUAGAUUAGCAGGGUUCUAUGGUGUACAUAGAUUGGUUGGUGGUGGAUUAGCCUUAGAUAGGUCUUUGAUCACAGCAUUGAUUGAGAGAUGGAGACAGGAGACGCACACUUUUCAUUUGGCUGUUGGUGAGGCUACUAUUACUCUGCAGGAUGUCGCUGUUUUGUUGGGGCUCAGAGUUCAUGGGGCUCCUGUCACAGGGGAUGGUACUGGGGUGUGGUCAGCUUUAGUCGAGGAGUUGUUAGGGAUACGACCAGAGCCUGGUGAUGAUGGAAAACCUGUUCUCCAGGGUUCAUCAUUGAGGAUGACUUGGUUGAGGCGACACUUCAGUCAGGGCCCCCCUGAUGACGCUGCUGAUAUUGUUUAUGAGAGGUUUAGCCGAGCAUAUAUUCUUGCACUUAUGGGGUCCAUUUUGUUUGCUGAUAAGAGCGGUGAUGCCGUGCAGCUCGUCUACUUGCCAUUGAUUCGCGACUUGCGUAGAGAUGGGACAUACAGCUGGGGGAGUGCGACCCUUGCUUAUUUGUAUCGACAGAUGUGUCGAGCCGCUCGUAGACGAUCCCGUGACAUUGGUGGUCCACUUAUACUUCUGCAGUUAUGGUCAUGGGAGCAUAUUCACAUUGGUCGUCCGAGGAUUUCGAGAGUUCGCGAUGCUCCACCUCCUGACCCAGAGCAUCCUAUUGAGGUCGACGAUCCAUCUAUUCUUGGUACUCAGCAUCAGCGUGGAGUGGACCCCUUAGCAUGCAGUUGGCUUAGAGUUCACUUUUCAUGUGGCCAUACAGCUAGUGGACUCUCUUUCUUUAGGGAUGCACUUGACCAUCAAAAGGAGACACAGAUGACUUGGCAGCCAUAUUCAGAGACGGUUACUUGGUUUACUACCCGAGAUUUGUAGAUGUGAUAGAGAUAUAUGGCGCUCAGUUGUACCGUUGAUUUGCUUUGACAUUGUUGAGUACCACUACCCAAAUCGAGUGAUGCGUCAGUUUGGAUUGGAACAGUCAGUUCUCGUUGCGUGUGACACGAGUGUUGAUCUUCAUAAUGUGGAUCGACGGCAUAAAAACAAGAAGUUUGAAGAGAUGCAUCGCAAAUAUGUGGAGGAGUGGCGUGAUCGUGAGAGUCGGAUUGUUCAAGGCACUCCUUUUGCCGGUCAUCGUGAGAGGAUGAAGGAGUAUAUGGAUUGGUAUUGUAGCAUCACGAGACUCCUCAUUACUCCUGUUACACGAUCACCCCCCACCACUCAUUAUCAGCCGUCUUCCUCUGAUAUUAUUUUGUCACAUGCAUUGGCUGAUCUUGCCUCAAGAUGCACUCGAGCUGUGGAUUCUGCGUUAGAGUUACCUCCCAGUUUGGCCCUUCCUCUCACUCUUGAUACGUUACGCAAUUUGAGUUCCUCUUGCAUUGAGACCUUAUCAAGAGUGGGGCAAGAACAUAUCCUCCAACAAUAUGAUUUAGCCUCGUCUCAGUGUACACCCGACACCUCCACCUCACAUGUUUCUCGAGGGCGUGGUUUUCGACCACCACGUGCACGCCCUCCACCACUUACUCCUCCUCUACGCCCUCUAGCACUUACUUCUCCACACCCUCCACCACCACCUUCUCCACGCCCUCCACCACCACCUUCUCCACGCCCUCCACCUCUUACUCCUCCUGCAUCUCCGCCAGCAUCACAAGUUAUUUCAUCUCCUCCUUUGCAGCUUCUCACUUACCGGCGACAAAAGGGUUGCUCUCCUAGUCAACGUCCCGAGCCAAUUGCCGAGGAGGAUGAGUCCUCAUUUUCAUCGUCCGAGCAUUCAAAGAAACAACGUAGAACUUAGAUUUGAGCUACAUUAGAAAUUUUGUGUAAUCUUUUGUUCUUUUUGCUAGUAUUGGAACUUUUAGAACUUUUAGAAACUCAUGUGUCAUUAUUGGAACGAUUGAACUUUUGGAAAUUUUUUGUUUGCACUCUUCUAUUUUGUUGCAUAAGUGUUAUGGUUUGGUUGGUUGGUAUGAUUUGUGGAGGUUGUUGGAGUUGGAUUAUAGACGUUGGAGUCGGAUUAUAGACGUUGUUGGAGAUCUUGGAUUUGUUUACAGGUUGUUGGAGUUGGACUAUUUGGCAGAAGAUCUCAGCCCAUUUUCUGGCUGAACACUGGAAACUGCAAGCUUGGAUGCAGGGGGCAUUAUGAACCG